AUGUCAGGAUUGCUCUCCACCUGUUGUCGAACUGUUUUCCUUUCCAUCAUUCUUCUCAUUUCGGCUUGGUUUGGUUUUUUAGCUUUUUAUCCAUUUCCAAACCUUGACCAGUUGAGUAAAGAUUGGCCAAUCCAAACAUUGGAGGAAUAUCAUGAAAAGAUGAAUCCCAUUAUGAAAGCCAAUGGUAUUACUAUGAAUUUCCCACCUAAAUUGGCUAAUUUUGUCAAGAUUUCACUUUCGAAUGGAAUUAUUUUUAAUGCAUUGGAAGGAGGAAGAAAGGAAGGAGAAACGAAUCAAAAGUUAUUGAUUUUUAUGCAUGGCUAUCCAGAAACUGCCUUGUUGUGUUUCGGAAGAUAUCUGGAUCAUUUCAUUCAACAAGGAUAUUGGGUCAUUGCUCCUGAUAUGAGAGGAUACAAUGCAAGCUCUAAACCAGUUCCAGAAGGUGUUGAUUUGGAACAAGUUAGCAAAGGACUGCCAACUGACAUGUCCUUUGAAUCUUUAAAGAAAUAUCUCAAGGAUCUCAAUUCAAUUCCAUAUGAAUAUGUUGAUGUGAAAUUGGCCAAAGAUUAUCAACUUUUAGUUACAGAAUAUGCCAAGAGAGAAAAGGCUAUCUUCAUUUCUCACGAUUGGGGUGCAGCAGCAUUGGGUUUCACCAUGAAAGAAUAUCCAGAAAUUAUUGAAAAAUCAGUUCUUGGACUUGCAAUGCGUGUAAAUGAAGGUAAAUAUAUCAAGGAACAUACUGCAAAAUUCUUCAGGCAAUUGACCAAGAGUUGGUACAUUUUCUUCCUUCAAUUGGUUGGAUUGAGUGAAUUAAUUUCCACAAGAAACGACUAUGCCAUGUUCUUCAAUACAGCAGGUUUCGACCAAGAAGCUCAUCAAGGAAGAUUGAGUGCUGAAGAAGCUAAACUCUGGUUGGAAAAUAUUAAAUCGAGCUACAUUACAGCAACUUCAUUUUACAGAGCUGCAUUUCGUACUCAAUCGACUAGAAGUUUUGAUAAGGAGAAGGUUGAUGUGCCAGUUUUGUUUUUGCAUGCAGAAAAUGACAGAUAUUUAACUGAGGAAAGUGCACACUUUGCAUUGAAGGAAGCAUUGACCGAAAGAGCUCAGAAGGAAUCAAAGGUUUUUAUUGUGAAAGAGAGUUCUCAUUGGAUUCAAUUUUAUGGAGAAAAGUUUAUUAAGGAAAUUGAUGAAUUUAUUAGAAAAUAA